CUUUAUUCUAACCUUACACCUACUGAAAGUGUUCAUACCGUUUAUGAUUUCUAAGAAUGUUCACGAUAUCCACGAAUAUAUAGAGCUUUUCAGAUGUUCGAAUUACAAAUCUUACAUGAAAUCAAGGCCCUUUUAUUACUAUAUUAUUAAAAGGCUUAAGUUCAUGUACCCAGAUUUAUCAGUUAAAUUUCUAAUGACCGCGUUCAUCUUUGUUUUCGACUUUUUUACAGCACUUUUACUAUAUAGAAUUGUAAAAUAUAUAUCGUAUUCAUACAAAAGGGAAGAUGAAGAUAAUGAAAGGAUUUUUGGAACAGCAUCGGUCAAACAUUCCAAAUCACUACCAUUUGUAAUAUUCACGAUUUAUUUGCUGAACCCACCUAGCGUUUUCUACAACUACUCUGCAAACCCUGACGGAUACAAAUACUUCCUCCUCACACUCUCUGUUUACUCCAGUUUGUUUUCUACCCAAAGCAAAUACAAAAGGAAAUCGUCACAUGGAUCAAACAACUGGAUGAGUUGCAUUAAGAACUUUAGGUUCUCAAAUUACUUAUCUGACCUAAUAUUCGUAUCAUUUAUACUCAAAACAUCACAUUCUUUCCUACCACUGCUGUUUCCAAUCGUAUAUAUAAGGAAGUACCACAGAGUUAAAUUAUCUAACGGACCAAUAAAGAUGAACGAGUUUUUAUCUAUUCUAAGGGAGUUCGCCUUCUCAACCACAUUUGUAUUGAUAGUUUUAAGUAUAUUCAAGUUCAGAUUCAUGCCUGAACUGACUAAUCCAUACCGAGCAAUAGACUCUCACCCAUCAAUUGAUUUCUCGUUUACCUGGUACUUGAACGAAUUGCUUCCAGUGGAGUUUGUAAAGGGGACAAUGUUUAAAAAUCAUUUCAUUGGAUUUGUUUUCACAAUUCCACUGCUGGUUGGAUUGAGGAAGUACCCAUUUGACUAUCUACUAAUAAUGACAUGCAUCUGUAUACUAACACACCCAGAAAUGACCGUCCUGGGAGUUACAUUCAUUUUAAUAAUUUUAACUGUGAAUUAUAAACUUCUACAGAGAACACAGCCGUUCUCGAAACUGGUCCACACCAUUCUAGCUCUCCUUAUCAUCUCAGUGUUUUCUUAUGCCUCGUGGAUUGGAAGAUACAUGGCGAACCCCAACUACUUCUUUGGGCCACAGAUCAUCAUCCUGAUUCUGAUCUGCAUAAUAUUGGAAGAUUACACAAAAAUGGUUUAUUUUAGACACACCAAUAAUUUUAAGAAUUUGGUCUAA